AUGUCCACCGCUUUGAAACAAUACAAGGCGGCCUGUCAAAUGAAAGGAAUAACCUCUGACCGCCCUCUUCUCCUUUCUCCUUCCCAGGGGGGCGGAUGUGCGCUGAUGACCCGAACCAAUAAGUUUGAGCAAAUCGUCCGAGGCAUGAACUCCGUCCUGGAUGUUCCCCUGACGGUUAAGAUCAGGACGGGCGUGCAAGAGAAAACGAACCUGGCUCAUAAAGUGAUCCCCAACCUCCGGGAAUGGGGAGCCUCGUUGGUCACGCUCCACGGCCGAUCGAGGGAGCAGAGGUACACAAAGAUGGCCGACUGGGGCUACAUCGCGGAGUGUGUCCAAGUGGCCAGCCCCAUGCCCCUCUUCGGAAACGGCGAUAUUUUUUCUUUCGAAGACGCUAACCGAGCCAUGCAGAGCGGAGUUUCGGGAAUCAUGAUUGCACGGGGAGCGCUCAUCAAACCUUGGAUCUUCACUGAAAUCAAGGAACAGCGGCACUGGGACAUCUCUUCCAGAGAGAGGCUGGACAUCCUCCAAGAUUACACAAACUACGGCCUGGAACACUGGGGCUCGGACACCCAAGGUGUGGAGAAGACCAGGAAGUUCUUGCUGGAGUGGCUUUCCUUCCUCUGCAGGUACAUCCCCGUGGGCUUGCUGGAGUGCCCCCCACAGCGAAUCAACGAAAGGCCCCCUUACUACCUGGGCCGAGACUACUUGGAGACCUUAAUGGCCAGCCAGAACGUGGAUGACUGGAUUAAGAUCAGGUACGAGACGAUGAAAGGAAAGGAAGAAACUGAAUAG